AUGGGGGCCCUCCAGACACAAAUCACUGGGGUGGAAGGCAGAGAAGAUGCCAGGGACCACACUCUGCAAGUAAGCCAAGACCAAAUACAAGACCUCACAACAGGUCCAAAGUCUAACCAGAACUGUCACGGCACUGGAAGCGAGGCGCAGGAAGCGGAAUUUCCGCCUUCCAGGCAUCCUGGAAACCGUUGGAGGGGAUGACCUACUGCCAUAUGUACAGAGUCUGAUGGCCAAAAUAGGCGUGAAAGGCAGCAAGGACCCAGGCAUACUACUUACCGCAUUCCAAAUUCGGAAAGCAGCGGCCGCCGCAGGUGAUGCACCCAGGGACACCAUAGUCAUGACUAGGGUCGUGGCAGUGCGAACGGCGAUACUGUCACACUCCAGGGAACUCAAUAAUAUACAAUUUGAGGGGCAUAUAGUGGCAAUCUAUGGGGACAUCCCCUUUGCUGCACUGAUGAGGCAGAGACAACUUGCACCGAUAGCGAAACAGCUCCGAGAGGCAACGAUCCGCUACAGAUGGGGAACUGAUGGCUCAUUGUAG